CUUUGGAGAACUAAAUAAGUCCAAAGUGAAUGGAUUUGUGUUUCAUCUUAUUUCCUUUUUAAAAACUACUUGCUUUGCUAUUUAUUAUUUGCUUAAGAAGGCAUAUGUGAACCAUCCGUUAUAGAUAUGUAUAGGUAUGUAUAUCUUUGUAACUUUGUACACCAAGCCAUACGGCCUUACUUGUACACCAAGCCACACUACCUAUAUAAUAAAAGGCCACCUCCACAACGGGUGUGGUGGUCCCAUAUUUUCUACAUGGUAUCACGAGCCCGGGCCUAACCCUGUCUCCUCCCCUAUGUUGCCCACCCACUCCCUAGCCUCUGGCUCUUUCCCUAGGGCUAGGGCAUCGUUGGCUCCCCUCCUCUCUCUAUUCACCGGCCUCAAACCCUAGGGCGCCGCUAGCCUCUCCCUUCCUUGGUCGAAGCCAUAGGUCUCCUCUCCUAGGUAUUGAUCGUUGCUAUUCUUCCUCUUGGUCUUUGUUGCCCCCUGUUCUGAUGACGCCACAACACAACGAGAAAUUUGGAAUUUUGGGACUCCAAACAAUGUGCUUCGCAUUUUUGCCAUUCAUAAUAUUGACUUCACAAAAUAGGACUCAAAACAUGCCACACUCAUUUUCAAUGCCAUUUUAGACAUUUUAUCCCUCCGUGCGUAUGUACAAAUGCAAAAGACACAUAACGACGCAAAAGGGCAAAAAUGUCUAAAAUAGCAUCGAAACCAAGUGUGACAUGUUUUGAGUCCUAUUUUUGCAAAGCCAAUGUUACGGAUGGAGAAGUGCGAAGCACAUUGUUUGGAGUCCCAAAAAUCCAAUUUUCUCCUUCAACGACUCCCUCACAGCCGGCCUCCUCAGAGCAGGCUCUCAUGCCAACACCGCCUUCGCUCCGCUCCACUCCACUUCAUGUGUCCCAGCCAUCCUUGGCGUGGGAUCAAGCAGGACUGGUUGCUGCCCUCAACUAGUUUUCUUUCGAGAACCCUUAGCUGUGGGUGAUGGACUCCGAGCCAUAUGACGUCUGAUGAUGGUAUACUCCUCUCUCACCAUCUCCCUUCUCAUCCUUCCAUCACAGUCGGCAACGGCGCCACACUUCCUAUCACCUAUCAUGGAUGGUCUGCCUUACUUUCUACUUUUCGCCUAAAUGUUUUAGCUGUCCCCUCUAUCCUUCAUAAUCUUCGUUUUGUUUGUCAAUUCACCCGUGACAACUUCUGUUCCAUACUUGCCUACUGUGGAUCCCGUCAAUUCUGUUCUCCAACAAUCUCAUACUUGCCUACUGUGGGUUAUGCUAGCAGAGUGGUGCUGUUUCUAAUAGAUCAUUUCAGCCUUAUGAAUCCCACAUUCCAUAUCUUCUUCACUUUUUGGUUGACUACAACUUGUAUGGAAUGGGGCACAUACAUGUCAAAAACUUCAAGUUUCGUCCUCCAUUGCCAGUUGAUUUUCAUCCUAAGUCAUCUCUUCGCAGGAAGGCACAGUCAGAUAAUUUAGAAAUAAAUAGUCCAACAGUUUGGAUAUCUUCAACAGUGUCGCAUUCUUCUAUCCUGGGUAGUUCUGCCCCUUCGCAUCAUUUGGGAGGAACCAAUUUGAGCUUCGCUAUUCGACAGAGUUCUUCAAUGCUUGAAGCUGAUUCUAGAGUAGAAGGUAUCCUAAAUGAGAAAUAUAAGAUGUACACUUCUCUUUCUCAAACAACAGAAGAUACAAAAAUGGUUCAGUCACUUGUAGCAGUUUGGGAGGAACUUGAACGAUUAAGACUGUUGGAGGAAACAAAAUAUGCUGAUCUGGGUAGACCUUUAAGGGAAGAAGUUCUUAAAGAUUUUCUUCAUGGUAUUAAGUAUGAGAGUGCCCUUUCUGUGUUGUUUUCACAAGAGGGGCCACAUCACAAAGUUUCCACCAUAGAAGAGUCUGAAAGGCUAGAAAGGUGCUUAAAAUCGUUGACUGAUAUUAUUGGGACUGUUACAUUCUCACAGGAUAACUACUGUGGUAAUAUUGAUGUUGGUAAUUCUGCUGAUGUGCAAAACGACAAACCCGAUGCAAGUCUUUGCUCAGGGUCAUUAGAACAAAACAUGCAGAUUAUAUCUCCAGAGAGAAACAGUGAAUAUCCUGUGUCUUCAUCUGUACACCAAAGAACACUAUCUCAGUUAUCUGAUAAAGGUGAAAAGCAUCUGGAUGCUGAGGCUCUUGGACUUUUAAGCUGGCUGGCCUCUUCACAAGCUGCAGAGGAAUCAACUGAUGAUGAAUUAACUAAUGAAGUCAUCCUCAGCCCUUUGUUUGCCAAUAAGUCCAUUGAAGUUGCUGUGGAGUCUGCUCAAUUGGAUUUUGAUAGCGCUUCUCAGCAGGAGUGUCAGGAUAUUCUUGAUUCAGUUGACCCCAUUAGGGCAGUAGAAGAACCAAACAUACAUACAUCUUACCUCGAUUCUGUGAAGUCCAAUUCUGCUGCUUCUCUGGGCAAUUCUAUUCCUCAGCUUGAUGGGUCAUCUGAUGAGAACCCAAAAGUCUCCCAGGAAUAUGAUAGAAGUAAGGUCACUAGGAAAUCAGUAGUAUCGGCAAGUUACACAUCUACUAAGAAGCCUUCAAAAUCAGCCAGUAAGUAUUCAGGAACUGAACAUCUCUGGGGUUCUUUGCCUCUUUCUUCCAGAAAAAAGAGGCAACAUGGAGAUGCUGAUGAUUCAUGCAGUGCAAUGUCACCGCAGAAGGAUUUAAGUGCAUCUAAGAAGAGUACAAUUGAUAAGGACUAUCAUGAUACCAUAGGCAGCACUGAUUCAGAAUCUUCUAGUUUUUUAGGUGUACAUGAUUCAGUUUGUCAUUCUGUGAGGGAUUUGAUGAGGCGGAGGAGAUCUUUUCGGCGUGAACAGUUGGAGUUUGGUUGUUCUGGAGCUGCAACAUGCACCAUGGAUAAAGAGAGCGAAACUGUGAAUUCUGGGGGAUUGGAAUUUCAUGAUUUCACAAGUGACAUCCCAAACUUAGCACUGACACGGAUGGCUUUUGUUCAGAAGCCUCCAUUGAAGGAUGAUGCAUGUUCUGGUUUGGAGAGCCCUUCAGAUUGUGAGCAACGUGGAUCUGAAAAAUCGGGAUUAGCUGAUCUUCUACCAUUUUUCAAUCAGAAUAUGGAGGAGAAUAAGCAGAAUGAAUCAUUUCAAGAUAUGGAAAGCACAGGGGAUGUAUUGGGUGUCCCAACUCAUUUUCAAAAUGAUGGAUCAGCCCUAUAUUUGCUGACACAUGCACUUUCGCCACCAUCUGCAGGAGCUGUGGGCCAUUGGCUAACCCAACAAUCUAGUUCCAGUAUUUUCUCGGGUUACACCAACUAUGAUGGAGUCGCAGCUGAUAAGGAAGAGGCACACAGUUCUACUUUAUCACGGAAUUCUCCUACCAGAUUUACCAAGGAGAAUUCUGCAAAUAAAAUGCAUGGAGAUGUGAUGGGAUCGGCUCUAUCUUACAAAGAAAGUAAACAUUUGGACGAAUGGCAUGAUUUUUCCCAGAUAUCAGCUGGAAAUGAGAAGGAUAGGCUCACACCUCUAAGUCAAAUUGGAUUUCGUGACCCUGCUAGUAUAGGUGGCGGGCAACAACUGACUAUACUUAGCGUGGAGGUUUUAACAGAAAGCAGAGGAGAGCUGCGUCCUGAUCCACGGUUUGAUGCCAUUAAUGCUGUGUCUUUGGCCAUCGAAGAUGAUGCUGACAAUACUGUUGAUGUUCAUGUGUUUAUACGUGGCAACAAUGUCAAAUCACAUAGGAGAAAUCUGGAUGGUAUUGCUGGCUGUAAUAUAAAUGUCUUCCCUGAAGAAAAGGACGUUUUGAACAAUCUUAUUAGUGCAAUAUGUUCAAUUGAUCCUGAUAUCCUAGUCGGAUGGGAGAUUCAGUUAGGAUCUUUAGGAUUUCUUGCCGAAAGAGCUGCUUAUCUGGGUAUAGGCUUACUGAAAAGAAUUUCAAGAACACCACAUGAGUUGAAUCAUCCACCUAAGAUCCCAGUUGAUAACUCUAGUCAGGUGCUUUCUGAAACAUCUUCUGCGGAUGAUAUUAUUGAUGAUGUCAGUGAGAAUGAUUGGAGCCAUACUCAUGCGAGCGGUAUACAUGUUGGUGGAAGAAUUGUGCUUAAUUUAUGGCGUCUCAUGCGUGCAGAAGUUAAGCUUAAUAAUUACUCCCUUGAAGCUGUAGCUGAUGAAGUACUGAGGCGAAAGAUACCACUGAUACCAAGCAGGAUAUUGAACCGAUGGUUUGCAACAGGUCCUGGACGAGGAAGACACCGAUGCAUAGAAUACAUUAGCAAUAGAGCUAGAAUCAACCUUGAAAUAAUGAAUCAAAUGGACCUGGUGAAUCGAACAUCUGAACUUGCUCGUGUAUUUGGUAUUGAUUUUUUUUCUGUUCUUUCUCGGGGGUCUCAGUAUCGUGUUGAAUCUAUGCUCCUGAGAUUGGCUCAUACACAGAACUACCUUGCAAUUUCUCCUGGAAAUCAACAGGUUGCUUCUCAGCCAGCCAUGGAGUGUUUGCCGCUUGUAAUGGAACCAGAGUCGGCCUUCUACCCUGAUCCAGUUGUUGUGUUGGAUUUUCAGUCCCUCUAUCCUUCGAUGAUAAUAGCAUAUAACCUUUGUUAUUCUACAUGCUUGGGAAAAGUUUUCCCAUCAAAGUCAGAUGUACUUGGUGUCAGCUCAUAUUCAGCAGAUCCACAUACACUUGUAGAUCUGAAAAAUCAGCUGCUGCUUACUCCAAAUGGGGUCCUGUAUGUUCAACCUGAGAUAAGAAAAGGUGUACUUCCUCGCCUUCUAGAGGAGAUAUUGUCAACAAGAAUUAUGGUGAAACAAGCAAUGAAAAAGUUGAGUCCAUCACAGCAAGUUCUUCACAGGAUAUUCAAUGCACGGCAGCUUGCUUUGAAGCUGAUAGCUAAUGUCACGUAUGGUUACACAGCUGCUGGAUUCAGUGGUCGAAUGCCUUGUGCAGAGCUUGCAGACAGCAUUGUUCAGUGUGGCCGUAGAACACUCGAAACAGCAAUAUCAUUUGUCAACCAGCAUCCUUUGUGGAAAGCUAGGGUUGUGUAUGGUGAUACUGACAGUAUGUUUGUUCUCCUAAAAGGGCGUUCUAGGGAAGAAGCAUUCAGGAUAGGGAAGGAGAUCGCCUCAUCAAUAACUGCAAUGAAUCCUGAUCCAGUCACAUUAAAGUUUGAGAAAGUGUACCAGCCAUGCUUCCUUCUUACAAAGAAGAGAUAUGUUGGCUAUAGCUACGAGAGUCCUGAACAGAAUGAGCCUGUCUUUGAUGCGAAGGGGAUAGAAACAGUUCGGAGGGACACAUGCCCAGCAGUUGCAAAGAUUUUGGAACGGUCUAUCAGAAUAAUGUUUGAAGAACAGGAUUUGACCAAAGUCAGGACAUAUUUGGAGCGUCAGUGGACACACAUAUUAUCAGGAAAAGUCUCUAUUCUAGAUUUCAUUUUUGCGAAGGAGGUCCGUUUAGGCACUUAUAGUGCAAGGGCUUCCACGCUGCCCCCUGCAGCAAUUGUUGCAACAAAAGCUAUGUUGUCUGACCCAAGGGCAGAGCCUCGGUAUGCAGAGAGAGUGCCAUAUGUUGUAAUCCAUGGGGAACCAGGAGCUCGUCUUGCCGACAUGGUUAUUGAUCCUUAUGGUCUGCUAGAAGUUGGCUCCCCUUAUAGAUUAAAUGAACAAUAUUACAUAACCAAGCAGAUUAUUCCUGCAUUGCAGCGUGUUUUUGGACUUCUUGGUGCUGACCUGAACAAGUGGUUUAAUGAGAUGCCUCGCCCCAUACGAUCAACUCUUGCGAAACGCCAAUUUGCUGCUGCUCAUGGUUCAUUCUCUCGUGAUGGCAGUUUCAUCCGAUUAGGAUUGAAUAAUAAAACCUCAGCCAAAGGAGGCAGAAUAGAUACAUACUACAUGUCAAGCCACUGCUCAAUUUGUGGUGAUAUGAUUCAAGGAUCAGAGUCCUUCUGCAACAAUUGCUUGAAAAGCGAAGCUGUUGUUGCCACAGUAGUCGCUGGCAGAACUUCAAAGUUGGAGCGAGAAAUCCAACAUCUUGCUGCUAUAUGUGGCCAUUGUGGCGGUGCAGACUGGAUUGUUGAAAGUGGAGUCAAGUGUAUUUCCCUUGCAUGCCCAGUCUUCUAUGAACGGAGGAAAGUUCAGAGGGAGCUGGUAGUCGUCUCAGAGUCGGCAGGAGAAGCAGGGUAUUACCCUUUCUGCUGCGCUGAACUCUUUUGAGAACAUUUUUUUGGGGCUGCGUUUCUCUGUCCAUACCGUGUAAAUUGUGGAAUCUGUAACCUUUACAUCACACGUGUGUAUAGUUGUUGUAUGUAACACUGAAGAACAUGUACUGGUGAAAGAAUACAUACAAUGUAUACCGUGUCGCUCGCUGUUCAGUUAAGGGUUUGUUCGAUUA